GUCGGUACUCUCUCUCUCUCUCUCUCUCUCUCUCUCUCUCUCUCUCUCGCCAUCAAUGGCUUCCGAUGCCGACCUCAUGGCUGUGGAGGAAACUCCUCCUCCAACAACGGAGAAACUAGCUUCUUCUUCUCCUCCUCUUCCGCCUCCUCCUUCCCCUUCGGCCUCCAUCGAGUGUUCCGGAUCGCAAGCAGAAGGAUUUGGGAUGAAGUCGGCGGCUGCUUCCAGAGAAGAUCGGGUGAAGGGACCGUGGUCACCGGAGGAAGACGCCAUCCUUAGCCGGCUGGUUGCUAAGUUUGGGCCCAGAAAUUGGAGCCUGAUUGCAAGAGGGGUUCCAGGGCGUUCGGGAAAAUCUUGCCGGCUUCGGUGGUGUAAUCAGCUCGAUCCUCAUGUGAAAAGGAAGCCCUUCACUGAAGAAGAGGACCGCAUUAUAAUUGCUGCUCACUCUGUUCAUGGUAAUAAGUGGGCAGUGAUUGCAAGGCUUUUAGAAGGGAGAACUGACAAUGCAAUAAAGAACCAUUGGAAUUCUACACUGAGACGCAAAUGCAUUGAAAUAGAAAGCUCUAAAAGAGCACCUUGUGACGGUCAGGAAGAUAAUAGUGCUGAUAAUUUAGAGAAAACUAAAGGAUCUUCAGAGGAAACUCAAUCAUUUGGGGAUGUUAAGGCCUUCACGAUGACAGAAGGAAGAGACAUUAGUUCCAGAGAAAGCUUAUCCCAUCAUUCUGAAGACAGAGUAAACGCAGUUGGACCUGAAUUUAAACAGCCAGCUACCAUUUUUCGGCCAGUUGCUAGAUUAAGUGCCUUCAGCCCGUAUAAUCCUGGUUUUUUAGCAUCCAGGUCUUCUCCAAAUGCGUCUGUCUUCCGAACUUGCAUUGGCGAUUGCAAAUUGCUUGAAAACAUCCUCUGGGAACCCCCCCACGUACCAGCCAGAUGUGGGCAUGGCUGUUGUGGGUCUAAAACAACCAGAGAUGAGAAUAGUAGUAGCUGUUCAUUAUUGGGACCUGAGUUUGUUGAGUUUGUGGAGUCUCCACCCAUCCUGAAUCAUGAAAUAGCUUCCAUGGCCACAGAGUUGAGCAAUGUCGCUUGGCUUAACAGUGGGUUGCAAACAGGUAUAUACAACACCUGUCGGAUUAAUCCAUCAACCAGUUCAUGCACUGCAAGUACAUGUUAAAGUAACAAUUGUCUUGUUGUAUGAAGUAGCUGUCUUUAAUGUGCUUGGCAAUUUAUGUAAGUGAAGUUAUCUCAUCCCUAGUCGGACAUUAGAUUUUUUUUCUUCUUCAAUUUGAAUGUCUGAUAAGCAACCAGUUCAAGAAAUUUCUUCUUUUUGUAGCAGAGACACUGUUGGUUCACCUGUGAGCAACCUGAUUAUCGUUUAGGU